CAAGCCUCAACUACGAUCACGCGAACGCGACCACGACCACGGUCGCAAAGAAUCAUUAUAUUGUAGACCCAUACAGAAGCGAGCUACAUUCAUAAGACUCUCUGGGAUUAAUAAUGGCCAAGCGCCAGGCCUCCGAGGCCCUCGACGAUCUUGUUGGUGUUGCGUCGCCAGCUUCGAAGAGAUCUCGAUUGGACGACAUUGAUUCACCCGAACCGAACGGUGCUUCGAACGAACUCAUCGAUGAGUCUAAUACCCAUGGAAACGCGCAAGAAGACGACGCAGACGAAGAAGACGACCAAGACCCCACUGCCACAGCACCUAUAAGACAAUCAGCACCUACUGACGGGUAUGAUGACCUUUACCUCGAUACUAUCGAUCGCAACGUGCUCGACUUCGACUUCGAGAAGCUGUGCUCCGUUUCCCUUUCGAACAUCAACGUUUACGCAUGUCUUGUUUGCGGAAAGUAUUUCCAAGGUCGUGGUCCGAAGUCCCACGCUUACUUCCACUCGCUUGACGAGGAUCACCACGUCUAUAUAAACCUCGAGACUCAGCGCGUCUAUGUCCUUCCUGAAGGCUACGAGGUCAAGAGCCGCGCGCUCGACGACAUCAAGUACGUUUCGGAUCCGCGAUAUAGUAAGAAGGAGGUUAUCGAGAUGGACCGUACACCACGUACCAGCUACACCCUUGAUAGAAAAGAGUACAUCCCUGGAUUUGUGGGAAUGAACAACAUCAAGGACAACGAUUAUCUCAACGUCAUAGUACAGGCUCUUGCGCAUGUCGCGCCAUUACGCAACUACCUACUUCUCGAGGACUUUUCGAACAAGACGGAGCUUGUCAAGCGAUGCAGCAUUCUAGUCCGCAAGAUCUGGAAUCCGAGGGCGUUCAAGGCUCACGUCUCUCCUCAUGAACUUCUCCAGGAGAUAUCACUGCGCUCAAACAAGCGCUUUACCCUCACAACUCAGUCGGAUCCUGUCGAUUUUCUGUCCUGGUUCUUGAACAACCUCCACCUCGGGCUCGGUGGCAGCAAGACCAAACCUGGCAGUUCCAUGAUCCAGCGUACGUUUCAGGGUAAGAUGAAGGUUGAGUCUCAGGCCAUCACAGCUCGUGCCGACGCUACUGAUCGACUGCGUUUCGAGGAUGCGGAUGUCAAGGUGGACAUUGUGCGCUUCCUCCUUCUGACGCUGGACCUCCCGUCAGCGCCACUCUUUCAGGACGAGCUCGAAAAGAACAUCAUCCCUCAAGUUCCCCUGACAACCAUUCUCACAAAAUAUGACGGUCAGAGGGCUCAAGAACACCACGCUCAACGCAAGCGUUACCGACUCAUGCACCCUCUUCCCCCUUUUCUUGCCUUUCACGUCAAGCGCUUCUCCCAGAACAAGUUUGUUUCUGAGCGCAACCCAACAAUCGUCACUUUUGACGCGCGUAAUCUCGACAUGUCGCCAUACGUUGAGCCAAAUCCCAAGGAGUGGCCCCCAGGCGAGCCCAUCUGGUAUGAUCUGGUAGCCAAUGUCAUUCACGAAGCUGUUCGAGUACGAGAGGACGUUGUUGAUAGCGGCGAGGAACGUAAGACGUGGAAGGUUCAGCUGAAAAAUAAGGCAACGGGUGAAUGGGUGGUUUGUCAAGAUUUAUAUGUUGAUAAAGUACAGAGCGAGCUGUUAUAUCUUGGUGAGGCAUAUCUCCAGAUCUGGGAACGGAGGAGAGAUCCCAGGGGCAAAGGCAAGGCCUCAUGACGGUAAACACCACCAAUAGUGAGCCUCU